AUGAUGUUCUCGGAACUAAGGGAAUCCCGAAUGGGAUACAUGAACUCGUUGCGUGCAUCAGAAAACUCAAAACUCUACGUCGCGAGAUCCCUCUCUCACGAGAGUGAAAGAACAAGGACAAUCGAUAGAAACCCUCUACAAGGUGAAUCUCAAAACUCAGAGCCACCACAAAACCUGGCAUUCUUCGAAAAUGUUGACCAGGUUGAGCAGGGUGAGCAGGAUGAGCAUUUGCGCUUAGAAAGCGAUACAACCGAUGUCGAGACUAUUGGCGUCAUUUCUGUGAACGGCAGCGUCAUACAUUACUCAUUAGAUUCUUCUGCAGGAAACCAGCAGCAGCAGGUUUUCACACCAACUGUGAUUGGAGAUAAUGACAGACUGACUUUGCGGUUGUUGAAUGUUUAUUUGGCGCUCUUUAUUACCGACGCCAGUUUCGCCCAAGAUCUCGAACAUACCGACUCUGCUAAUGAAUGGAUCAGAAAGAAGGCGUCUCCACAGAUCAUGAUCAAUGAUAUCACCAGCUCAGUGGGGAAGCUAGUGGAUGUGAUUGGAUUUGUGGACCAAAUCAUACAAACACUUUCGAGCUUCUUGUGCAAUGACACUUUCCAAGAAAAAUGUCAAGCCGAAGCAUGGGGAGCAGAGGAAAUCGCAACAUUUGAGCGCCAAAUAUCUUCCAUUUUGAAGUCCUUCAUUUUGGAGUACGCACCACAAGCCAAGUUGUCAGCGAUGUGUCCUCAAUUCGAAAAAUCUGUCUCGCUCCUCAAAAGCUUGAGCACGGAAACCUGCUAUUGGAAGCAGACAAGAAAUUCCGCUGCUCGUGGAGUUGACGAACCGGAUUGGAUCAUUGCCAAAAUGCGUAAACUCAGAUGUGUUGCACCGACCAUUGUAGAUUCAUUAGAUUUCGACGUUACAAUGCCUGCCAAUGCAACACCUUACGCUAGAAGCCGCAAAGGUGAGAUAGAGCUUUUGGAGAUUUUCACUUCUCUGUAUGCCAUUUUUUUGAUGGAAAUCAAAAAGCUUUUCCAAUCUGUCAUUUCCGUUUCAAGGGCAACAGGUAUUCUUCGCAACUUGAAUGCUUCAUUACUAGUCGAAUGUCUUGAAGGUUUUAUGCGCAACUCUUUCAUUAGUGGCACCUCGCAGCUUUUAGUUGAUCUUGACAAGCUAGUACUGAUCUGGGCCCAGGACAAUGAGUACUUCAAGGAAAACACAAAGGCAUGGGCAUCGCGGUUUGUCGCCGAAUGGAAAGUUGAAAAAGACGCUGACGGUCCGGAAACCGUGACCGUCCGGACAAGAAAUAGCAGUGAAGCUACGAGUCCCGACUUUGAUAUUGUGCGGCUAUUCAUCAACGAGGUCCUCGACAUUUGCGCGCUCGGCACAUGUCGUAGGUCGGAGCCACUCGAGACCAUGACAGUGCGGGAGAAAGCGCCUACUAGCGGGCUAGGAUGGCUAACAAUUUUCCAAGAGGGUGAUAAUGGCGAGCAAACCCACGACGGCCAGGUCAAUGCCUUCACCUGCGAGAUCAACUCGUCUCCCGAAGAGGAGGUGGAUGAGUACCGGCAGUUACAGGCACUUUACGGCGGGGAGUUCUCCAUGAUGGAAGACGAAACCACAAUGAACGUUAUCCCAGAAUCUGAACAUUUUUGGUCUCGUCAUCAUCGCACAAAUCACCACAAGCCUGGACAAUUUCGCAAUUGGAUCAAACGGGGUCUCCGUUCGCAAGAUGUGGUUCAAAAACAUCGUAUCGUAGAAAAAUGUCACAGAGCCAAGGAAAAACUCAAAGGGUUUGCACACAGGGUAUCACACAAAGAAAGAGAGCCCGUAUUGCUAAGGACUUGGCAUAAAGCAACUCCUGCCCCGCGUGAUACCAAGGCUCCUACGAAACCGGCCUAUCGUUUUGAAGAAGCUUUUGACAGGACCACGUACGGGACGACUUUCGACGAACACCAGACUCCACGCCGUUACGAGAAUCUGAGACGCAAGAAGGACCGCUUCAUGUUCUUGUUCUUUGGUGAAGAAAAGUAA